AUGCAAGCCUCGGAUGUAUCGAGCAUCCCGAAUAACUCGCGUCUAAUUCCUCCCGGGUCUAAAUACGCGCUGAACGGUGACACUGGCUUUUCCCACGGAGCUUAUAACAAUAACCACCCCAACCCUAUCCAAGGAUUCUCGGAUCGGAACGCUCGUCGCGCCAAUAUCCCCGCCAUAAACACAGCCGCCGGCCAACACUCAGAUAUGGCAUCCGGUUUCGAUAUGAACUAUACCCCCCUUCUCCCCUCCCAGCUGCUAGUAGGCAGUCCUUUCCAACCAGGAACUCCCUCGGCUUUUGCUUCACCUCAGUUUGCCAAUUUUGGUGGCUUCCCGCAGGCCAAUGGCAAUGGACACGCCCAAAACAACCAGAACCAUAUGCACAGCCCAACGCAAGGAAUGCAGAACCACGGUAUGUAUGGAAUGAUGUCACCUGAUGGCAUGGGUGCCUCUCAAAUGAUGGGACCUCAAUCGCCAAUCAAUGGUCUUGGAGGUAUGGGCAAUGCAGCUCUGGGUAGCCCCCAAGCUUCCGUGGCCCCGGGUAUGCUGUCAGGGACCAGUCGUACCGUGUAUCUUGGAAACAUCCCGGCUGAAACAUCUGCCGAGGAGAUUUUAAAUCACGUGCGUAGUGGUCAAAUUGAGUCGGUACGCUUGCUUCCUGAUAAAAACUGUGCCUUUAUCUCCUUUUUGGAUAGCAGCUCCGCUACUCAUUUCCAUUCAGAUGCCAUCUUGAAGAAGUUGGCCAUCAAGGGAAAUGACAUCAAGGUCGGCUGGGGUAAGCCUUCACAGGUCCCCACCUCAGUCGCCCUGGCUGUGCAACAGUCGGGAGCGUCGCGUAAUGUUUACCUUGGAAACCUGCCCGAGGAAACAUCCGAGGAUGAUAUGCGAGAGGAUCUGGGCAAAUUUGGGCCCAUUGAUACCGUGAAGAUCGUUAAGGAGAAGGCGAUUGGAUUCGUCCAUUUCCUGUCGAUUAGUAAUGCCAUGAAGGCCGUUACCCAGCUCCCCCAGGAGCAGCAAUGGCAAGCGCCAAAGCGGGUGUUCUACGGCAAGGACCGCUGUGCGUAUGUGUCCAAGACUCAGCAACAAAAUGCUGCGCAGUUCCUUGGAAUUGCACCCGGAUAUGCGCACGUUCUGAAUACCGCGGAUCGUGAUCUGAUUUCUAAUGCGCUUGCGCAGCAGUCUGUUGCUGCGGCCGCCGUUGCAACCACGGCGGGCGGUGUCAACAAUCUCGGCAACCGCACCAUCUACCUUGGAAAUAUUCACCCCGAAACUACUAUCGAAGAGAUUUGCAAUGUCGUCCGCGGAGGCUUGCUACACCAUGUUCGAUAUAUCCCAGAUAAGCACAUUUGCUUCGUUACAUUCAUCGAUCCCACCUCGGCCGCCUCCUUCUACGCCUUAAGCAAUCUGCAGGGGCUGAUGAUCCACAACCGACGCCUGAAGAUUGGAUGGGGCAAACACUCUGGCCCUCUCCCACCCGCCAUUGCGUUAGCCGUCAGCGGCGGCGCAUCACGAAAUGUCUAUAUUGGUAACUUGGACGAGGCCUGGACGGAGGAACGCCUUCGCCAGGACUUCUCGGAGUACGGUGAGAUCGAGUUGGUGAACACACUGCGCGAGAAGAGCUGCGCCUUCGUUAACUUCACAAACAUCGCCAAUGCCAUCAAGGCUAUUGAGGGAAUGCGCAAUCGGGAGGACUACCGGCGAUUCAAGAUCAACUUCGGCAAGGACCGCUGCGGAAACCCACCGCGUCAAGCCGGAAACACCCAGAACGGACAGCAGAACCGCAACGGAACCGGCAUGGAAGGCCAGUCACCACCAUCCGUUCUCAACGGAUUCCAGCAGAACCUCAGCCAGUCUGGCUCCCAGUCCAGCCCGACUCGCUCUGCCCUUUCCCCAGCAUCGGGAUCCACCGGCUCCCAAAAUGGACAGCACCGCCACCCGCUGCAGAAUGUGACCUCUCCCUCCGGAGCUCUGAAUGUCGGCUCGAGCAAUCCGCUGACCAUGUACCUGAACCAGAUGUCUGCUCAUCAGACACAGGAGGAUCAUGAGAACCACCUCAAUGACUCUAUGGCCCUCUCUAGCUUACAGUCCCAGUCACAGCAGUCGCUGUACAACAGCGUCAGCAACGGCGACAUGUCAAAUGGACACAUGGACCCGCCUAUGCACCAACACAAGUCCACCAACAGCUACCUGAGCGUGGCAAAUGGACCAGGACACGGUCACCACGCAAGCACCAGCAGCCUUAGCGUGCCCCGUGCUUCGCACUCGCGGGCUGUCAGCUUGCCCUCAUUCUCCCAGGAGCCCUUCGGACCUGUCUCGGGCCAACACGGCCACACUCGCGCAGGUGCGGCCCACCAGCCUCAGAGCAGCUUCUCCAGCUUCUCUGCCCUCGGUGGACUCAACCACUCAGGAUUUGGCCUGGCCAUUCAAAACGAAAACUCUCUGCCCGGCUGGGCUGAAGAGGAGAUCGGAGCCAAAUAA